AACGCGUCGUUAGGCCGAGAAUUAGUUUAAAUUAUAGCGUGUUUGUAAAACAGUUGGAGAAAAAGUUCAAAACUCCUACCGAUGGCAGUCUUGGCGGGCUCGUCGCGGGAUUCGGUAUAAGACAUCAUCUUUAUCGACGGCUAUGGAAGUUAAACCGGAAAUGAUUGAAGCUGAUGAGAUUAAGGUUGACAAAAUCGACAAAUUACCGUUUUCUAUAGACAGUUUGCUGGCGGACAAGAAGAAUAGUGUUGGGACAUCCGAUUCAGAUUUCAAUGUGUUCAAAGAAAAUUAUGACGAUGAGAGCAGUGGGUCGGAACAAUUGGAUGUGGAGACUUCUACGAUGGACGUCCAGGAGUUUGCUGAUGCUAGAGCGGAUUAUCAGACAGGUUCAUGUUCACGCGGGAAGAGAGCCCGCACCGCUUUCAGUGCUCAACAGAUAAAAAGUUUGGAAGCGGAAUUUGAGAAGAACAGAUACCUCUCAGUAGCUGCUAGAGGACGUCUAGCGAGACAGCUGAGACUCACAGAGACACAGAUUAAAAUAUGGUUCCAAAAUCGCCGUACGAAAUGGAAACGUAAAUAUACAAACGACGUGGAGAUAUUGGCUCAGCAGUAUUACAAUAGUUUGGGCAUAAUAACCCCAAGGCCGAUGUUUGUUGGUGAUAGGCUGUGGAUUUUCAACUAUCCCAAUCGUUUACAACCAACUCAACAACAACAAUGGGCGAAAUCGCUCAACAAUAUCGCCGGAGUUUCACACACGCCGAUAGACAGAACCGUGUACAGGAGUUUAUCUAAGCCGGAUAUACCAUUUUUGUUAUCGCCUCCACCGCCGUAUACAAACGAGCGUGUUCUAUUAGAGAGGAGUGUCAGUUUGACAGGUGUCAAAGUUCCCGCUCAAACUCGCCUACCAUCUCUACCCAGAGAGGUAUACAGCAAUAUGGCAACGGCACAAAGGAGUUUGGAUAUGUACAAGAAUAAUAUAAUAAGCCACAGUCAGCAGGAAUCGAAUGUUGAUCAUUUAAGAAGAUUGGAAGAGAAUUUCAGUAUUUAGUUAAGUUUAAAAUUAUUAUUAAAUAUAGUGCAAUAAUAUAGUUCCUAAUAAAAUAUAUUUCUUAAUAA